AUGGCAGCAUCAAGACCGCUUGUCAGUAUAUAUGAUGGAAAAGGUCAAUCAACCGGUAAACAGAUCGCGUUACCAGUUGUAUUUCGUGCACCAAUUCGUACAGACAUUGUUAAUUUUGUUCAUGAUCAAAUGAGAAGAAAUAAACGCCAAGCACAUGCUGUUAGUAAUAAAGCUGGUGAACAAACAAGUGCUCAAUCAUGGGGUACUGGUCGUGCGGUAGCACGUAUUCCUCGUGUUCGUGGUGGUGGUACUCAUCGAAGUGGCCAGGGAGCGUUCGGUAAUAUGUGUCGUGGUGGAAGAAUGUAUGCACCAACAAAAAUCUGGCGCAAAUGGCAUAGAAAAAUUAAUUUGAAUCAACGACGAUAUGCUAUUGUAUCAGCCAUUGCAGCCAGUGGAGUACCCUCACUUAUUAUGGCAAAAGGCCACAGUAUCGAAAAUGUACCCGAAAUUCCACUUGUAUUGUCCAAAGAUGUUGAAAGUUUACGAAAAACAAAAGAAGCUGUUGCUGUGUUAAGAAAACUGGGAGCAUGGCAAGAUAUUCUAAAGGUUUAUGCAUCAAAACAUACUCGUGCUGGUAAAGGCAAAAUGCGUAAUCGGCGGACAGUGAUGAAACGUGGUCCUGUCAUCAUUUACCAUACAGAUCAUGGAAUUAAAAAAGCAUUCAGAAACAUUCCUGGUGUAACAUUAUUAAGUGUUCAACGUUUAAAUUUGUUACGUUUGGCUCCUGGUGGUCAUGUUGGCCGUUUUUGUAUUUGGACAGAAGAUGCAUUUAGAGAAUUAGAUAAAUUGUAUGGAACAUGGAAGACAAAAUCAACAAGAAAAACCGAUUACAAUUUACCAAUGCCAAUGAUGACUAACAGUGAUCUUGGCCGUUUAUUAACAUCAUCCGAAAUUCAAAAUGUUUUACGUGCACCAAUUAAACGUCAACAACGUCGCAAAGUGAAGAAAAAUCCAUUAAAAAAUAUGUCAUUAAUGGUUCGUUUAAAUCCACAUUCAUCAAAACAAAAACGAACGGCGUUGGCACAAAUUAUUAAAGGACGAUCAGCAACAAAAAAAACCGAUUCAAAGAAGAAACGUAGUUUUGCAACGGUAACAAAACGUGAUCCCACAAAAGAAACAACAGCCACUGCAGUUAAAACGGCAGGAAAAGUGUCUACAUCGUCAACAACAACAACAACAAUCAAAACCACAACAAAAACGAGUUAA